GAGUCCGGAGGAGCGCGAGGGCGCGCUGUUGCCGCCGGUCUGCGAGUCCCUGAAGGUGCUGUCGCUGUCGGGCGAGAGCCCGGUCAUCUCCGCGGUCAUGUUCUCGGCCGGCGUGCUGGGCAACCUGACGGCGCUGGCGCUGCUGCUGCGGGCGCGGCGUCGGCGUCGGGCGCGGCGGGAGCGGCUGGCGCCUUUCCACGUGCUGGUGAUGGCGCUGGUGCUGACGGACCUGCUGGGCACUUGCCUGCUGAGCCCGGUAGUGCUGGCGGCCUACGGGCGAGGGCGGACCCUGGUGGCGCUGGCCGGCGGCGCCCGCGUCUGCCUGGCCUUCGCCUUCGCCAUGAGCUUCUUCGGCUUGGCCACCAUGGGCUGCCUGGGCGCCAUGGCGCUGGAGCGCAGCCUGGCCAUCGGCGCGCCCUACCUCUACGAGCGCCUCCUCCGCGGCCGACCCGUCGCCCUCCUGCUCCGCGGCGCCCUGCCGGCGCUCUACGCCCUGGCCGCCGCCUUCUGCGCCCUGCCGCUCCUCGGCUUCGGCCGCUACGUCCAGUACUGCCCGGGCACCUGGUGCUUCAUCCAGAUGCACUUCCCGCGACCGCCGCCGCUGGCCCAAAGAGGAGAGGCGGAGCCGCCGCCGUCGGGGGACAGCAAGGGCGCCGUCACCUUCUCGCUGCUCUACGCCUCGGUCCUGCUGUUCCUCAUCCUGGCCGUGCUCCUGUGCAACCUCAGCGUCAUCGUCAACCUGGUCCGCAUGCACCGUCGGGGCAAACCCACUCGGCGGGUGGCCGCCGCUUCCUCCUCCACUUCUCCCGCGGGCGCCGGGCAGCAAGUCCCGCUCCCCCAGCUGGAGUCCCCUGAGGGCCAGGCGCAAGGCCCCCGAAGCGCCACCAGGAAGCAGCUCUCCAUGUCCGAGGAGCUGGACCACCUCAUCCUGCUCUCCAUCAUGACCAUCACCUUUGCCGUGUGCUCCCUGCCGUUCACAAUCCGCGCCUUCUUGAACCAUUUCGUUGAGGGUGAUUACAAGGGGGAUCUUCGGGCGAUGCGGUUCCUGUCCUUUAAUUCCAUCAUCAACCCCUGGGUUUUUACCAUCCUGCGCCCCUCCGUCCUGCGGCUGAUGCGGUCCGUGCUCUGCUGCCGGAUGCCCUUCAGGCCCCGAACUAAGAACAGGCAGAGGCCUGCCCUUGCCAAGCCAAAGCCUGUCGAACAUGCUGACAUUUGCAGGCAGUAGCUGUCUCAUGCGCUUGGAGAAGACAUUUAGAAGCCCGUCUGUGAAUGGCUCCUCAGGGUAACUUCAGAAGCACGACUGGAAGUUGCAUUUUCGGGUUGACGUGUCUGCUGGGUAUCGAAGUGGGCCGCAUCCUGCCUGGUCAUAGGCUGUCCUGCCUCGAUGCAGGAGGAUCCUAGCAGUUCAUCUGGAAAUACUCCGAUGACAGCAUUAGACUAAAUAGGUGAAGGAAGCACAGGAGUAUAGAAAGAAGCCUUAUCGUGAGUCAGAGUGAGCUCAGUAUUGCCUACACUGACUGGCAGCAACUCUCCAGGGUUCCUCAUAAGGGUCUUUCCUAGCCUUACCUGGGGAUGCUGCUGAGGGCCGAACCUGAGACCUUCUCCAUGCAGAGCAGGUGCUGUAUCACUUAGAUGGUUCAACCCUUCUUUGCAGAGAGGGAGGAAGGGGGGGAGAAUUAUCUCCUUGAAGAACAGUUCUUUCUUUGCAAAAUGCACAGUAAUCAGAGGUGUCACGUUUACCUGUCCUUCUCUGUGAUAAAGCACUGGGGCCGAUGCAAAGCAAAUGACUCAUGCUGUGUAAAUGGCUGCUGGAAUAAAAAAUGUAAAUGUACUGCCUUAAAGUCAAUUCCGACUUACAGCAACCCUAUGAAUAGGGUUUUCAUGAGGCUGAGAGGCAGUGGCUGGCC